AUGGAUCCUUCCGAGGCUCAGUACAAGACGAGACAGGAGUUUGACAAUAAGUUGAAAUCCACUUACAAGAAAUUGGUCAAGAUGUACCAUCCUGAUCUCUCUGUCUCGCAUGACAUUGUGGAAGGUUCCAAUACCUUGCUGGCAGGCAAAAAGAGAGCCCGCUUUGACGAAAUCCAGAAAGCAUACGAGUUGUUGAAGGACCCUCGAAAGAGAAUCGCCUACAAGAAAUACGAUCAGACCACGUGGGCAGACUACAAGCCAGGCAAGACGUCCUCGUUCGAGGCAUACCGUAUGGCCAAUGCUCACAGAAGGCAGUAUUCGUACGACAAUGAUCCAAAGUUCUGGCACGCCGCCACUUGGGAAGACUACUACCACAUGAAGUGGGGCAGGGCCCCUCCAACGACCGAGGAGCUUGAGAAGAAUAAGUGGAAGAUCUUGUACAGGGUGCUAGCAGUGGCCUCGGUCGCUGUGGUACUUCAGAUCAUGCUAGCGUUGGAGCGGACAGAAGAGUUCAAUCGUCGAACGCGGCUCAUGAAUCUCCGUGCUGACGCUGACUUGAGAGAUAGUUACAACAAUUACGACGAAGGGCGGUCUCAGUUUCAGCGUUUGCGUCGUUUCUUGCUAUAUAGGCGUUCGGGCCUAGCAGGACGAGACGAUGAGACCAGCAAGCAGGAGGAGAAUGAGAUCUUGACCCGCUAUGCACAGCAGAAGGUCGACCAGUUCAAGUGA